ACUUUCCUGUUGGAAGAUAUUUUUAACACGGUACCACAAAGAAGUUUUUAUUAUAUAUGUUUAUGUACUAUCGGAAAAAUUCAUCUACCUCAAUGGCAGGAGGAUUAACGUUGAGUGCAGUACUCACGGCCUUUAUUGCUCUUGUUCUAUUCCAUGAAACUUGUAGUGCUACUGCUAAGGUUAAGCAUCACUACUGUGCCCCUUCUUCCUGUGGCAACAUCCACAAAAUAAGCUUUCCGUUUCGAUUGAAGAACGACCCAGAAAAGUGCGGGGACUCAAGGUGUGAGCUGUCGUGUGAGAACAAUCAUACAGUGCUAUACUUAUUUGAAAGAAAAUACUACGUACAGGAAAUCAAUUACAAUAACUACACUAUCCGGAUCGUGGACUCAGGUAUACAGAAGGAUAAUUACUCCUCCACCCCGAGUUAUUCUUUAAAUCGCCAUAAUUUCAGUCAAUAUCCUUCUGCAUAUACCACUUAUCUGCCGAAGAGGACAGAGUACCUCUUUUAUCCCUAUCCUGAACUGUCAAGGAGUGUGGUUUGGAUGAGCUGUGAAAAACCAGUGAAUUCUCCAUUCUAUUUGGACGCUUCUACUUGCAAUAUUGACAAUGGAGAUGAGUACUCUUCCAACUCUUCUAUUUCUCAUUUCAAGAGAUAUAGAUAUGUUAAGGUUGGUAGGACGAACGCAGCCGAUGUGGUGGACUCGUGCAAAGUAGAGCAGAUGUUCAUAACAUCUUGGCCAGGAAAUGAUGACCCAAUUAAUAUUUCCUGUGCAGACGUCCACAACGAAUUGGUAUACGGUUUUGAACUUUCAUGGCUCACAGGUUUUUGUAAAAGCUAUUGCGGAAGAUGGAACCGUGGUGAAUGCUACCUCGAUGACGGGAACAACGUUCAGUGCUUCGGUAUAGGCAGAAUCGGUUUCAUUAUCGCAGUUUUCGUCAUAGUUACUUUGCGGGCAAUAGAGGCUACCAUAGGACUACAACUUGCAGCAAAAAUUGUGUUGGGGAUUCCUUGUGUUAUUGCAUUUUUUAUAUAUAAGUGGUGUAGAAGGCAUUUAUCAAUGUAUGACGUUAUCGAAGAAUUUCUGCAAAGCCAAAAUAACCUCGUGCCAAUUAGGUACUCUUUCUCACAAAUUAGGAAGAUGGCCAAAGGUUUCAAAGAUAAAUUGGGUGAAGGAGGCUAUGGUUCUGUAUAUAAAGGAAAGCUUCAAAGUGGCCAUCUUGUAGCUAUAAAGAUGUUAGGUAAGUCCAAAGCAAACGGUCAAGACUUUAUCAAUGAAGUUGCCACAAUUGGAAGAAUUCACCACGAGAAUGUGGUGCAACUCAUUGGCUACUGUGCUGAGGGACUAAAGCGUGCCCUUAUAUACAAAUUCAUGCCUAAUAGUUCUCUUGACAAGUACAUUUUUUCUCAAGAAGGGAAUAUCACCUUAAGUAUUGAGAAAAUAUACGAUAUUUCUCUUGGAGUGGCUCAUGGAAUUGAAUAUUUGCAUCGAGGAUGUGACAUGCAAAUUUUGCAUUUUGAUAUUAAGCCUCAUAACAUUCUUCUUGAUGAGAACUUCACCCCAAAAAUUUCUGAUUUUGGACUCGCAAAACUUUAUCCAAUAGAUGAUAGUAUAGUGUCUUUGACUGCUGCAAGGGGAACACUAGGAUAUAUAGCUCCAGAGUUGUUCUAUAAAAAUAUUGGAGGGGUCUCCUAUAAAGCUGAUGUUUAUAGUUUUGGCAUGUUAUUGUUGGAAAUGGCCAACAGAAGAAAGAACGUGAAUGCAUUUGCAGACCAUUCAAGCCAAAUUUACUUCCCAACUUGGGUCUAUGGCCAAUUUAGUGAAGGAAAUGACAUAGAAAUAGAAGAUGCCACAGAGGAGGAGAAGAAAAUUGUUAAGAAGAUGAUCAUAGUCGCAUUAUGGUGCAUACAGAUGAAGCCUAGUGACCGUCCUUCAAUGAACAAAGUUGUAGAAAUGCUUGAAGGAGAAGUUGAAUGCUUACAAAUGCCUUCCAAGCCUUUCCUAUCAUCAUCACCAGCAAGACUGAUAGGGGAUGUAGGAGACAAUUUAAAUUCAAUUAGUUCAUCAUUUCAAUCAGGUGAAUCAAGUCAAUCGGCUAUACUUUAAAUGCAAGGAAAGUUAACACCACAGCAGAACUGGAGCAAUUAUUCUUCACAUAUAUGAUAGCAUAAAGACAUUUCAUAUUUUUGUAUGACAAAUAAUUGGUCCCUUGAUUUAUGAUAGCUAUCCUUAUCUACAACAAUUUUUCUUUUUUGCUUA